CGCAUGUGAAUUUAUAAAUUCUUUUUAAAUUUUUUUUAUGUAGACCUAAAAACAACAAAAAUAUGACGAAGUAUGUGCAUAGCAUAGGUAUUAUUUAUUUGUAACAACAAAAAACAUAACAUCAACUGAAGCGCGACCGAAGAGCCGGACAGAGGGACAGGCGGACGGACGAACGCACGGACGGAUGGAUAGCAAAAAUUGGUGCAGCGUGAAAGCAGCGAGAGACAAUGAAUAAUUAAUGCAACUUUUGCGCCAGAUUGUGACUAAUUACUGGAAACAAGUUAUAGUUCAAAUUCAAAUCGAUACUCUGUGUAAAAUCAGUAAAAUCGCUUAUCACGCAACAGCAGCAAAAGUGACAACAACAAUAGCAACAUAGCCAAAAAAAAAAGUAUUACAUACCAACACAAGCAAACGAUUUACACGCACGGACGCUUGCACGCACGCAUUCAUUUUUGCGCCCACUUUAAAACGGAAGAGAACGAGAGAGGGCUAUUGCUAAGGAGCAAGCAAAGUAGCGUCAUCAACAACAACUAUAACUAACUGCACUGCAAGAGAGAGAGAAAGAGAUAACUUAAAGCUUCAGCCACAGCUUAAGCUCAACCAACAGCAGCAACAACAGCAGCAGAAAAAAAAACAAAACAGAUAUAAUCAUGAGCUCACCGAUCGUAACGCGACGAGGCGCACAACAGGCCAAAAUACAAACUCGCGCUAUGGUCAAGUCGAUGUCGGCGUCGACGUCUGCGUCGGCAGCAACAGCGGCGAACGCUGCGACGGGGCCAAACGCCCAUGCCAGCGCCGUUGCCGGCAGCUGUGGGACGCGCAAAUCGAGUCCAGCGCUCCAGGAGGCAAAACGUCGCGCGCGGAACAUGCUGAAAAUGCAGAGCAACGGCUUAGCUACCCAGCUGGAGCCAGUUAUCGAUAUCUUUCAGAAUGCCGUCAAUGCGAAGAGCAUGCAUCGGGGAGCCACUGCGCUCAUAUACGAUGAGUCCAUGAGUGAGCAUUGCUGCUUGUGGGACAGGACACAUCAGGAGAGACCUGAACGCUUUACGCGUACUAUGGAGCGCUGCCGCGAGCUGAACCUAGUGGAGCGUUGCCUGCAGCUGAAAUCCCGCCUGGCCACCAAAAACGAAAUCCUCAAGCUACAUUCAAUGGAGCACUACGAGCGACUGGAGCGGACGUCGGGCGUGCUCAACGAAGAGGCUAUGGAGGAACUGAGCUCCCACUAUGACGCCAUCUACAUACAUCCGUCCACGUUUAAGCUGUCGCUGUUGGCCAGCGGCUCGACCAUUGAGCUGGUGGAUCAGCUGCUGCUGGGGAAGGCGCAGAAUGGUAUGGCUAUCAUACGACCGCCGGGCCAUCAUGCCAUGAAGGCUGAGUUCAAUGGGUAUUGCUACUUCAACAAUGUCGCAUUAGCGGCCCAGCAUGCACUCGAUGCGCAUCAGCUACAGCGCAUCCUGAUCAUAGACUAUGAUGUGCAUCAUGGCCAGGGCACACAGCGUUUCUUCUACAAUGAUUCCAGGGUUUUAUAUUUCUCAAUACAUCGGUAUGAGCAUGGCAGCUUUUGGCCCAAUCUUCAGGAGUCGGACUACCAUGCCAUUGGCUCCGGCUCCGGCACUGGCUACAACUUCAAUGUCCCGCUGAAUGCCAAGGGCAUGGGUAACGGCGAUUAUUUGGCCAUCUUUCAGCAGCUGCUGCUGCCGGUGGCCAUGGAAUAUCAGCCAGAGCUAAUCAUUGUCUCCGCUGGGUACGAUGCAGCAUUGGGCUGCCCAGAGGGUGAGAUGGAGGUGACGCCAGCAUGCUAUCCACAUUUGCUCAAUCCGCUCCUGCAUCUGGCCAAUUGCCGCGUGGCUGUCGUCCUAGAGGGUGGCUACUGUGUCGAGUCGCUGUCCGAGGGCGCCGCUUUAACAUUGCGUGCGCUGCUCGGUGAUCCGUGCCCGCCGCUUGUGGAGCGCCUUAAGGUGCCGAGCAUCGAGUUGCGCGAAUCACUGCUCAACUGCAUCUAUGUGCAUCGUCCAUACUGGCGUUGCCUGCAGCUGCAGCAGACCUAUGCUGCCACCGAGCUGCAGUCGGAUAGCGCAACAGCAGCUCAGCUGCAUGUCGUCAAGCGCAUUUGGCUGGGCGGUCCGCCGCCAGAGCCAGAUCAACUAUAUCCCACACGCGGCACCUCUGCCCAGUUGGCCGAGGAGGUCGUCGCUAGCAAUGCCUUGCGCUUGUCCGUGCUGCGCGCCGAGACGCAGCUGGCGGUGCCAGCGAUACGGGUCUGCUAUGCAUACGAUGCCCAAAUGCUGCAGCAUUUCAAUCUACACGACGCCACUCAUCCGGAGCAGCCGAUGCGCAUACGUCAGAUCCAUCAGAUGCACGAGGACUACCAGCUGCUGGGGCGCAUGCAUCAGCUGACGGCGCGUGCCGCCACCACGGAUGAGGUGUGUCUGGCCCAUACGCGCGCCCAUGUGAAUUCCGUGCGCCGCCUGUUGGGACGCAGCGUUGAGGAGCUGCAGCAAAUGGGCGCCGGCUACAAUUCGGUGUACCUGCAUCCGCGCACCUUUGAAUGCGCCACUCUCGCCUCCGGGUCGGUGCUCCAGGCUGUCGACAGUGUCCUACGUGGACAGUCUCGCAGCGGCAUCUGCAACGUUCGGCCGCCCGGCCAUCAUGCCGAGCCGGAUCAGCCGCAUGGCUUCUGCAUAUUCAACAAUGUAGCCAUCGCUGCCCAGUAUGCCAUCCGGGAAUAUGGCCUGGAGCGCAUUCUGAUUGUCGACUGGGAUGUCCAUCAUGGCAAUGGCACGCAGCACAUCUUCGAGGCGAAUCCCAAGGUGCUCUACACGAGCAUACACCGUUACGAGCACGGCGCCUUCUUUCCCAAGGGACCAGCGGGCAACUACGAUAUGGUGGGCAAGAAUGCGGGGCGUGGCUUCAAUGUGAACAUACCUUGGAACAAAAAGGGUAUGGGGGAUCUGGAGUACGCGUUGGCCUUCCAGCAGCUCAUCCUGCCAAUUGCCUACGAGUUUAAUCCGCAGCUGGUGCUCGUCUCGGCUGGCUUUGAUGCGGCCAUCGGCGAUCCUUUGGGUGGCUGCAAGGUAACGCCCGAAGGCUAUGGCCUCUUCACCCAUUGGCUAUCCGCUUUAGCCGGCGGCCGGAUCAUCGUCUGCCUGGAGGGUGGCUACAAUGUCAAUUCCAUAUCAUAUGCAAUGACCAUGUGCACCAAGACACUGCUGGGUGAUCCAGUGCCGACGCCACAGUUCAUCCCGAGUGCCCAACGAACGGCCACGGUCGCCUUCCAGAGCUGCGUGGAAACGCUGCAGCUGUGCGUUGAGCAGCAGCGUCAGCAUUGGAAGUCCUUGGUCUUUGGCUGCAAGCUGCCGCAGUGUGUCAUGGGCGAGAAUAAUAACGAGGAUUUUCUUGCUGCUACUAUGGGCCAGUUAAACAUCUCAAAUGACAAUGCUUUGGACGCAGCCGGCGGCGAUGUCAACCAGCAGCCCGAUCCCGGUCAGGAUCGGCCCAGUGGCAGCAAGCCCAAAGUCAAGGUAAAAACGCUCAGCGAGUUUAUGGCCGAGCACAAGGAGGCGCUCGAGCAGCAGGAUAUGUUUGCCAUUUAUCCGCUCAAAAGCUGCCCACACUUAAGCCAAUUGCGUCCGGAGAAGGCGCCCAAAUCAAUAAACACAAGCGGAGUAUGCGGCGACUGCGGCUCAACGGUGGAGAACUGGGUAUGCCUGUGCUGCCAGAGCAUCGGCUGCGGCCGUUACAUCAAUGAGCACAUGGAGCAGCAUUGCCGGAGCGCGAAGCAUCCGCUGGUGCUGAGCUUUAGCGAUUUGUCAGUUUGGUGUUACGAGUGCAGCGCCUACAUCGAUCAUCCGCUGCUCUAUGUCUAUCAGAAUCUGGCGCACUUGGACAAGUUUGAGGAGCCAAUGGCCUGGACGCAUGGUUGCCUGCAGCGCACCGACGGCUGCUACCCGAUCCAAGUGGAUCCGAGCGGCGGCAAUAAUCAGAACAACAACAAUAAUGACGGCAGCAGCUCCAAUUCCAACUCCAAUUCCGAUGGCGACAACUGCGGCGCCGGCGCCGGCGGUGGCGGCGUCUACUAUAUUCAGUUGGAGCGGAAUAACUGACACUUGGUGGUGCGUGUGCUGGAUGCCAUUACGGAUUACAUGUGCACGCUUUGCCCGCCUCUUCGACACGUCUUGCAGCUGUUCCUGGAACACAUGUGGCCGUUGCUGGAGCGCAUUUACCUCAAGCUGAUCCAAUACUUCCUCACCCAAUGAGGCAGCCAUCAACAACUAGCAGUUCGCAUUUCGUAGUCAGUAGUCCGCAUCCUGUUCAAAGUACCUUGAAGCUGAGAGUCGUUAAACCCUUUCCAACCAUUGCGCAGUGGCAUUAAAUUAAUUGUUGUGUCCAUCGGUAGAGGCGGAGGUGCGCCCAAUGGCUGCUGGGCUUCGCAUCAGCUCUUUGGGCUGCCCACCUACCAUCUCAAACUCCUACUCCAACAACGUCAACAUCAUCUCAAUCUGCAUCUCCUACUCCUGCCCCUUCCCACUUUCUACCUGAUUUAUUGUAUGCAUAUAGAAAUUGUUUAAAUUGUUAUUGUUUAAAAAAUUACAAAUAAGGAAUCCAAAAAAACAAAUUUGAAAAUGGAAAAAACAAUAAUGUUAUCACUAAUCAUUAAUUAAUCAUGUACGAAGUAAUAAAACUAGCGAACGACAAGCAAUUUUUUGGCACUAA